UCCAGGCGCGUAAUUACGCACAGCAACCGCCUCUUCGGACAUUCCAGGUCUUAAAAAAAGCGUCCAAGGAUGAUUAUACCCGUGGAGCGAUAAUGAUGUCUAGCCAUAAGAUUUCCUUUUCUAUAGCUGAUAUAUUGGAUCCCAACAAAUUCAACAGCAAAAGAGCAAACGAACUUCCCAUCGCUAAGGAGAAGUUAACUGAGCCGGAUGCAGAGGGGACAAGUUUGGAUUGGACCAGCGCAGCGGCAAGAGCCUUCAGGGAUGAGCGCACAGAUGCAGGAGAAGAGACAGGCGAUGAAGACCCAGCGGUCCUUCCUGAUCCCAUUCUAACGUGUUCCUCAAGCGAGCGUGAGGACGCAUGCAGGAGAGCCGUGGUCACCCCGCGGGACUCAUCACCGCACAAGCGGCGACGUGUUGACCAGGCGUGCGCCAAACCGCGACGCGCCAGAACAGCGUUCACAUAUGAGCAACUGGUGGCUCUGGAGAACAAGUUCCGCGCUACUCGGUACCUGUCCGUGUGCGAAAGACUGAACCUGGCUCUGUCCCUGAGUUUGACCGAAACGCAAGUGAAAAUCUGGUUCCAGAACAGGAGGACCAAGUGGAAAAAACAGAACCCCGGGGCGGACAGCACCUUACAGACCGGCUCCAGCUCCCUGGUCAGUGUCAGUCCAAACCCACCGUCCUGCAGCUCAGGCUCCGGCGCCUUCCACCAAACUUUCUCUAACUUCAGCUCUGGGAGUGUGAUUUUCCACACAGCCGGUGGUGUUCCGCUUUCAUCCACUGGGGGGCUCUUGCAUCCCUUUAUGCCAAGUGGAUUCGUUCAACCUUACUUUAACUGACAUAAAACAAAUGAAACUGACUCAGACUUUGAGCCAAAUCAUUUUUGAAAUCUUUUCUUUUUUUUUGGUGAAAAUAUUUUCAGUACAGAAAAUAUUAAUUGUUCAUGUUAUGUUAACUUUUUAAGGUUUCAUUGAUGUACAGCUAGUUUACACAUUUAUCCAGAGUUUUGAAAUGUGUUAAGGAUUUAAUUUGAUGAAAAUAUUAAUAAUGCAUUUGAGUUGAAAUAUGAACCAAUCUGAGUUCUUCGUUUUCACAAAAGCCUCUCCGUCUGUAGUUGCUAACAAAUCCCCCUUCUUUUGUUUUAUUGCUCCAACUGUGGCAUAUCUGUCUUGAAAGCUGACAUGUUUCACCUGUCUGAUUAAGCUAAAUGACAUAAAUGUAACUUUUCAUAGAACAGUAAAAACAUGCUUGUG